AUGGAUCCUGUCACGUUCUACGGAAAGUCUAUGAAAAACAUUAUCAUCAGAGAAUUACCCAAGGAUUCAGAGGACAGUGAGCUAUCUUGUGAGGAAGAUGAAGUUGAAGAGGAUCACAACUUGUCAAGUUCUGAUAGCUCAAACUCUGAUGAUGAUGGUGAUGCCAAAGAGGAUGCUCCAGCCAGCAGCCAACCAUUAGCCAACAGCUCAAGGCCUCAUAUUUGGCGAGAAAGAACUGAUCGUGCUGAUCGGUCCUCAGAUAUACCGAAUUUCAUUGGGACAGAAAGAGAACCUGGGCUAUUGCGUGAGCCAAUUGAAUACUUCAGGGAAAUAUUUACCAAAGGAACCUUUAAGAACAUCGUCACAGAAUCUAACCGGUACAGCUUACAGCAGGACAUUAAUAAACCUGCCAAUAUUACAAUGGACGAGCUAGAACAGUUUCUAGGGAUUAUCUUUUAUAUGAGUGUAGAUCGCCUACCACGCUCCAGAUUGUACUGGAGCCCUGAUACAGGAGUUCAUCCUGUAGCUGACACUAUGAGACAAAAACGAUUUGAAGAAAUCAAAAGAAUUUUGCAUUUUUCAAAUAAUGAAAACAACAAUGGAGAUAAACUCCAUAAAGUCAAACCACUUUUAGAUGUUUUCAAGGCCAGCGUCAACAGCAUUCAAAAAUCAAAAAUGAUGAGCGUUGAUGAACAAAUAAUACCUUCCAAAGGAAAACCAUCACUUAAACAAUAUAAUACUAAAAAGCCAAAGAAGUGGGGAUACAAAGUUGUUGUGUGCUCGGGUAGCACUGGCAUCAUUCACAAUUUGGAGUUCUAUGUCGGCCAAAUCCAACAUUGCCCUGGAAAACCUGAUCUGGGUGCAUCAGGCAAUAUAGUUCUUAGACUUGAACAAGAUGUUCCUAGACAUUGCUGGCAUCAGCUGAAUGCUGUCAGGUGGAUGGACAACAAAGCUGUGACUCUUCUUAGUACCUUUGCUGCAGUAGAGCCAGUAAAAAAGAUCAGAAAAUGGGACAAGAAAGAGAAGAAGGAUAUUGAGGUGGACUGGCCUUCUAUCAUUAUUCUGUACAAUGCCUUUAUGGGUGGUAUCGACCUGUUGGAUUCCCUGGUGGCAUUAUAUAGAAACCACAUCAGAUCCAAAAAAUGGUACCACCGAAUCACUUUUCAUAUCUUCGAUUUGGGUGUAGUUCAAGGGUGGCUUCUGUAUGCUUUUGAUUUUUCUAAAUCAGGUCUACCACCAUCAGCUAAAUUGCCACUGCUUCAAUUCAAAAUUAACGUUGCUCUUUGCUUAAUGAGACAGAAUAAAACUAUGGUGGCAAAGAAUAGGGGUCGACCUUCUUUGGAAGUUGAGCCACAACUGCAGUACAAAAAGCAAAAGGGUCCUGCGGCUGUUGUUCCAAACUUCUCAAUCCGCACAGACAAUGUGGGACAUUUUCCAAUACAAGUAUCUGAAAAAGGCAGGUGUAAAUUGCCUGGCUUCAAAGGUUUUCCUUGA